AUGACACAAAGGAAGUAUACCAAAGAGAAGAAGGUAGGGGAAGGUACCUAUGCUGUGGUUUAUUUGGGUAAAACCGAAAAAUCUAGACAAAUAGCCAUCAAAGAGAUUAAAACAGGUUUAUUCAAAGAUGGGCUUGAUAUGAGUGCUAUAAGAGAAGUUAAAUAUUUACAAGAACUUCGUCAUGAAAAUGUUAUAGAGUUAAUAGAUGUAUUUUCUAACGAUGGGAAUCUAAAUUUGGUUUUGGAAUUUUUACCAGCAGAUCUUGAAGUGUUAAUAAAAGAUCAAUCAAUAAUUUUCAAACCAGGUGAUAUAAAAAGUUGGUUAUUAAUGACUUUACGAGGUAUUCAUCAUUGUCAUAGAAAUUUCAUCAUACAUAGGGAUUUGAAACCCAAUAAUUUGUUAAUAUCUCCAGAUGGUUAUUUAAAAAUCGCUGAUUUUGGGUUAGCUAGAUCUUUAGGUAAUGCUAAUGAAGAUUUAUCUUCCAAUGUGGUCACCAGAUGGUAUAGAUCUCCAGAAUUGUUAUUUGGUGCUAAACAUUAUGACACAGCUGUAGAUAUUUGGUCUAUAGGGAUAAUAUUUGCCGAAUUAAUGUUGAGAACUCCAUACUUGCCAGGACAGGAUGAUAUUAAUCAAUUGGAUGUCACAUUCAGAGCUUUGGGUACCCCUACAGAAGCCAACUGGCCCAAUGUAACAGCAUUACCUUUAUAUAAUGCUAUAAACGUAUAUGCACCACCUUCGAGACAAGAAUUAAGAAAUAGAUUCAGCGCUGCUACUGAAAAAGCUUUGGAUUUAUUGAUUGCCAUGACAGUUCUCGAUCCUAGUAAAAGAUGUAACCUGACACAAGCUUUGAUGGAUGACUUUUUCACAGAAUCACCUCCUCCAACCCGUCCUGAAAAUCUCCCCAGCAAAAACACAAAUAAGAAACAAAAGACGGAAUAA